AUGACAUUACUACUGGAGGGUGAAAAAACUGUGUACAACAAAAAGACACAGGCCCUCCAGGAGCAGAGAGCGGCAACUAACAAAUUCUCAGGAAAUUCGGAUUUUGCCCGUAAGGAGUUGAUCCUCCAACAGAAUAUUGAGCGCUUUACGGCGCAGCUCAAGGAGAGGAAACACACUCAGUUCCUUAGAGAUACUACAGACUUUAAGGAGGGUCGUAUUCUUGAAUUUGGGGCUAGGACAACUAGGACAUUAGAGGUGGAGACGGAGCUCGAGGGUAGAGGAAGGAGCAGGUGGGAUCUGGUCUGUGAGAGGAAAGGGUUAAACCACCUGCUGGCCACCUUCUUUUUUAUCGGAGUGAUGCUGGGGGCAGUUGUCUUUGGAUACCUAUCUGACAGGUUUGGACGUAGAUCGAUGCUACUUCUUUCUUGGGUCCUGUCUCUGGUCUUCGGGGGACUCUCUGCGGCUUCGGUAUCGUACACAAUGGCUGUCAUUUGCCUGACACUAUCCGGAUUCUCUCUCUGUGGAAUGCACGGCAUUGUGAUAGUCCUGUGUUUUGAGUGGGUGGACCUCCAGCAUCGUACAGCGGUCGGGAUUUUUACUAGUAUCUGCUGGUCUAUAGGAACCGCUCUUCUAGCACUGAUUACCUAUCUAGUCAGAGACUGGCGCUGGCUGAUGGUGUCCAUCACAGCACCAUGUCUACUAGGCAUAGCCAGUGUCUGGUGGCUUUCUGAAUCACCUCGGUGGUUGCUGAGUAAAGGCUUUAUUGAGAGAGGAGAGAAGGAGCUGAUGCGAUGUGCUGCAAUGAAUGGAAGAAAUAUCCAGAAGCUGGUGGACUCAUUAGGAUCGUCCUCCACCAACUACUCCUACUUUGACCUGUUCCGGACUCCGAGACUGCGCAGGAUCUCGCUGUGUGCAGGACUGUCAUGGAUCGGACUUGCCUUCUCCUAUUAUGGGAUCAGCCUGAACAUCUCUGGCUUCGGACAGAACAUUUACCUCACCCAAUUCCUGUACGCCCUGGUGGAGGUGCCCGCCAAGGUGGGCAGCUACUUCCUGCUGCACCAUCUGGGGCAUCGACGGACAGAAGUCUUCACCCUGCUGAUGACCGGAGCGUUUGUAGGAGCCAAUAUGUUCAUCCCUGCGGACCUGGGGCCACUUCGAACAACUUUUGCUGUUCUUGGAAAGGGCUUUGUCGAGGUGUCUUUCUGUGUAGUUCAUCUGCACACAUGUGAACUGUACCCUACAGUAAUACGACAAAGUGGCAUUGGCUGCACAGCAUUUCUGGCAAGAUUUGGGGUGAUACUUGCUACACUGCUGAAAUUGCUGGAUAACAUCUGGCCACCUCUAUCACAAUUGAUAAUCUGCAUCACGAUGGUAGUCUGUGGACUGAUGGUCACUCUUCUCCCCGAGACUCAGAACACCCCUCUGCCGGAUUUCAUCAGUGAUGUAGAAGACAGCAAGUCUGCAGCUGGCCGGUCAGAUGAGACACGCGCAUAAAGAAUUGUCCAGUAACUAGCAAGCAGCCCCUUCCCCCAUGUGUGAUGAUGAUUUGGUCGCAUGACCUGCAAUAUGCAGAGUGGAUGCCUCCCAAGUGUCCCUCUUUUUGAUCCAAGUCCAUCUUUUUUCUGUAAAUGUCUCUUUUUUGACUUUUCUGCAGCAGUUCACUAUCUGUCUGGUUCCUACCUGUAUAUUAGACCUCAACAUUUUUCAUUAUUUGGUGAACCUUGGACAUUAAAAUGUGUACAAUCAGAUUAUUUUUGACGAUAUUUAAAUAGAUGUUCCAGGACAAGAAAAAAGUUGCCCCAGGUGCUGCACAAACUGUAAAAAACAACAGAACUUAUACCCAUCUGACCGAUCCCCCGCUGCUGCAGUUCUGAAGGUGUUGGGUUUCUGCUGCACCUCUUGCUAUGGUUUAAACAUGACAGGAAAUGGCUCUGAAGUCUGCUCAACCAAUUACCGGAAACAGCCAUGACCCGUCCCAGCCAGUGAUUGGAUGUUCUGCACAAAAACCAAAAGUCCCUACUUGACUGUCAAAAAAGUCGGAUGGUUUGUGAGAGUCCAUCUAGGGUGCAGACCAGUCACUAGAUAUCGGCUCAUCUCCCAUGUAUGAUGAUGACCUGCAGUAUGGGGGUGUCCAUCAGGGGUACAGACCAGUCACUAGAAAUCGGCCCCUCUCCCAUGUAUGAUGAUGAUCUGGACAUAUGACCUGUAGUAUGGGGGUGUCCAUCAGGGGUACAGACCAGUCACUAGAAAUCGGCCCCCCUGCCAUGUAUGAUGAUGAUCUGGACAUAUGACCUGUAGUAUGGGGGUGUCCAUCAGGGGUACAGACCAGUCACUAGA